AAAAUGGGCGGGGGUAUGAAAGUGUACAAGCGCCUUAUAUUUUUCAUUAGCCGCUAAAGGUUUCCUUGAAAUAAAUUUCGAUGGUUAAUGUAAUAUUUGAAUGUUUCUAAAUGAUUGUGAAUAGAUAGGACAACAAGAGAUGGAGCUGAGGGGGGAAAAUAAACAAACGUUUAUUAGUUUCUGAGCAGCGCACGUGAUCGUUGCUAAGAAACCUCUAAACAUAAUUUGAUUGCAUUCCUGCUAAACACGUCGGAUAAAAAAAUCGCAAAAAUGAUGAGCCUAGAAGAAUAUUUUAAAACCACCUUUGAGAAUAAACUUCUCUUUAAAAUGCUGAAGGGUGACGAUGACCAUCUCACUCCAGCUACACGUCUCCUGGAGAAACGAAGAGAACUUGCAGAAAUUGAACAAGUUCUUUCUGUUCAAAAAGAGGAGUUUCAGACCAAAAUGGAACGUCUUCAACAGAGACGUGGGGAGCUGGAAAGAAAAGAACUUCAGCUGAAAGAAUCACUCGAGAAGUUUGAUAAAUUUUUGAAGGAAAAUGAUUCCAAGAGAAUUCGAGCAAUGAAAAAAGCCAAUGACCAACGUGAACUGAAGAGAAGCAAAAUGAGAGAGAUAGCAAAAUUUCAAGAUGAUUUACGAAAUCUGCUCAUUGUAAAUAACCAACUGAAAAAGAAGCAGAAAGUCUAUCACAAAUUUUGCUUAUUCAUGCAAAAAGUCUUAAAUUCUUGUGAUGAAUUCCAUGAGAUCAGAGAUAUUAUUGCAAGAUACGAUACCUUAAUUUCAACAUAUACUGAUUUACUUGACACUGAAAGAAAACAUCAAGACUUAAUUGAAGCUAUUAAACUAAAGAUUCAUAGUGUCACUGAAGAAAAAUGCAAUGAAAUCCUUGCACACAACAACCAGCUAAGUAACCUUCAGGUCAAGUAUGAAACUACGCGCAGCAGACGCAUCCAGUUAGAUUCUGUGUAUAGCCAUGUACACAACACAGCAAGCGUAAAAGCUCUAAAGUCCGGACAAAUCCGAAUGGCUGCUCAUAAUUUGUACAAUGUAAUGCUAAACUACCAAAACAUAAUACCAACAUUAAGUACUGAGCAGAACUCAUUUGAAGAACUAAACAGUGUUCGUAUAUUUGGAGAAGACUUGGUCUUUGUCACCAAUACUGUUAAACCUGAGAAAUCAAGAGAACAUCACUUUCUACCAUAAAAACUGCAAAUGGACUUUUUUCUUAACUUACUAUGAAGAAUCCUAUAAUUUGUAAGUUGUAUAACUAUUUCUGGUGUGCAUUAGAUAUUUGAUAACUGAACACAAAUUUAAAGAUUUCAUAGAACAAUUUAGACUCUUGUAAAAACUAUAAACUACCUUUUUAUUUCAUUUUUGCUGUAAUUAAGCUAAUUCUUUGUAAGUUGUAAUAACUGUGCACACCUGCUAUUUGAUCAUCAAAUAUAUUUAGAGAGAGCAUUUAGAUUCUUUGGACAACAGCAUUUGAGAAUAGAACUGUGGUGAACAAUUAGUUUUUUUUUAUACAUUUUUUUUUUUGCUAGCAAAGUUGUAAAUAGUUUGUUUUUCCUAACUUUAAUUUUUGCAAAUUAGGAUAGAUAUUUGUUGUUAUAUUUCAGGAUAGUCAUUUUUCUUUUGGCCAAAUAAACACACACAUACUAUGUAUUUUGCUUCAUUUCAGGUUUAUUUUAUUAUUGUUCUUAUUUAAAAUUUUUUUGUCUGGAAACCUUUCAUCACUCAACCUAUAACCUCUUCAAUGACUCUCCAUUCCAUGUGUCUCCUCUUUUCCUGUGACCUCUUCAGUGAUUCUCCAUUCCAUGUGUCUCCCCCUCUCCUGUUUAGUCUAUUUUGUCUUUCUAAAUGACUCUCCAUGCCCCAUGUUACCUCCUGUCCCGUGACCUCUACAGCGACUCUCCAUUCCAUGUAUCCCCUCCUGUCCUGUGACCACUUCAGCAACUCACCAUUCCAUGUAUCCCCUCCUGUCAUGUUCAGUCCAUUUUGUCUUUCUAAGUGACUCACCUUCACAUAUGUCUCUGCCUGUCCUGUAAUCUCUUCAGUGACUUUCCAUCCCAUGUGUCCCCUCCUGUCCUGUUUAGUCCAUUUGGUCUAAGUAACUUUCCGUCCCACGUGUCUUUUAUUGCCUUGUGACUUUUUCAACGACUCUCCAUCCCCCAUGGCUCUCCCUGUCCUGUUUACUCCACUUUGUCUUUCUAAGCAACUCUCCAUACCACAUGUCUCCUCUGGUCCUGUGACCCCUUCAGCAACUUUUGCUCCCACAUGUCUUCUGUCCCAUUUAGUCUGACUCUCCAUCCUUCAUGUUCCCUCCUGUCAUAUGACCUCUUCAGAGACUUCAUUCAACAUGUCUCCUCUUUUCCUGUGAUCUCUUCAGUGACUCUCUAUUUCAUGUGUCUCCCAUUGUCCUGUGACAUCUUCAGCAACUAUCCAUCUCACAUGUUUCCUCCUGUCCUGUUUAGUCCAUUUGGCCUUUCCAAGUGGCUCUCCAUCCAGUGACCUCUUCAGCGAUUCUCCAUCGCACAUGUUUUCUUCUCACAUGUGACUGCUUCAGUACCUCUCCAUCGCAUACACCUCCUCCUGUCCUGUUUAGUCCAUUUGGCUUUUCUAGGAAGACAAAAUGGAGUAGACAGAACAGGAGGAGACACAUUGGAUGGAGAGACGCUGAAGAGGUCACAGGAGGUGUGACGAAAGAUUUCCAGCCAAAGGACAUAAAAUAAAAUAAAUCUGAAGUGAAGAAUGAAUAUAUAGUGUGUGUUUAUUUGACAAAAAAAAAAUGUCCAUCUUGAAAUAUAAUAAUAUCUAAUGAAGUGUCAGUGCUAAGCAGUGUGUAAGUAUGAGCAGAAUUAGGGAAGUUAUUUACCUCAGUCCGGUGAUCUACUAGUGCAAAUCAGUCAACAUGCUGACUGAAUUACAUCUAAAGCUUUACAACUUCAUUCAGAAUUGCCUUUCAUUGACGAGAACCAAGUAGCUUGAAGUGUCGAUGUCUGGGAUUACUAAUAGAUGGCGACACUGAACAAACCGGGUGUUUUUAACACCUUUUUUUUUACCAUAAAAGAGAUUUAUUCUCCAUGUUAAUUGCAGUGUGUUUGCCUUUUAGCUGUCGAAAUAUGUGACAAACAUAUUUCAACUUAUCUAAUUCUGCUCAUAACAAUAUCUGUUCCAACACAGGAUUUUACAUCAGGAAUUUUACAAAACAAAUACAAAGACAAUAGAUAUUUGAAUAUUAGGAUAUUUACAUAGUACUUAACUGCCAGAACAUUUAUUGAAGUUUUUCUCUCUCCCAAAAAACCCUUCAUGCUUAACUUGGCAUAUAAAGGAACCCUUUUAUUUUAUUAAGCAGAAAUAUAUUGUUUUUCAAAACA